GCAUUUUCAGAAAUUCGUUCUGCGUUAAUUAUAUACAGAUUCAUUUUGCUUCAGAAAUAGCAUCAGUGGAAUCUGACUGAUUGCCACUACCACAGCUCAAUAUGUUUCGCUAUGAUGAUAUGGACAUUGGCUCCUCCAUGCUGAGAGGUGCCAACCGUCGCUUCGAUGAGUACUACCGCUGCUACCCCGUCGCAAUGAUGCCCGGUCCCGAGAGAGAGAACGUCAACCAUGGCGGCAAGGUCAUCAUGCCUCCGAGUGCCCUGGACAGGUUGACUCGCCUUCAUAUCACAUAUCCAAUGAUGUUCGAGCUCCAUAAUGGUGCGAGGGAGCUGAUGACACAUGCUGGUGUGUUGGAGUUUAUUGCUGAGGAGGGGAAGAUCUACUUGCCAUACUGGUUGAUGCAGCGAUUACUCCUCGAGCCCGGUGAUCUCCUCCAGAUCAAGUCCACCGACCUCCCGCCUGGCCAAUUCAUCAAACUCCAAGCCCAGUCAACCGCCUUCCUUGACAUCAGCGAUCCUAAAGCAGUCCUCGAAAAUGCCUUCCGCAACUUCUCUUGCCUUACCAAGGGUGAUGUCUUCACUUUUGCCUACAACGAUCAAGUGUACGAGAUGGCUGUUUUGGAGACCAAACCCGACGGGAAGAGCGCCGUAUCUGUUCUGGAAACAGAUUUGGAGGUCGAUUUUGCACCACCUGUGGGGUAUGAAGAGCUUCAAAAGCCCAGCGGAACAAGCACCCCUCGCAGUGGCGUUAGCGGAAAGCUCCCAUCCGGUGGUCUACUUCAUCCCCAGGGUACGAUGGCACAAUCGAUCAACUACGCCGCCAUUGCGCCAGAGUCCACCGAAGCCGCCGCAGGCGCCAAGGCAGUCUCGUCGAACUUCCUUUCGGGAGGUCACCGUCUGAAUGCGAAGAAGGGUAGCAAAACUCCGACACCACAACCUUCCACACCUGCUCCGGGAACAUCGAAUUCUCAGCAUCCCCCGCCAGCUCGCAGAACGAAUGGGCCUCAGCCCUUACGACUGCCACCCAAUCAACUGUUCUUCGGCUAUGCGAUCAAGCCUGUGAAGAAGCGUGAUGACAAGGGACAGGCUGUCGAAGAAGAGGAGAAACCCCGGUUCCAAGGAGCCGGUCAGACUCUGCGUGGGAAGAAGAAAGACACCGGACGCUCUGAGACACCCGCCUCGGGGAGCUGAACGGACAAGCUAUAGGUAAUGAAUAUAAUCAAAUGACAUGGGAUUAUACGGGCUUAGGACUAUCAUAUUCUUAGACGGGGUUUUCGGAUUGGUUGUUCUUCCCUUGCCUGUACUUCUACAUAGAUAAGUCAAUAUUAGGGUCGGCACACUGUUUAGGAGCAUAGCGAGACUAGGCCGGCGUUCAAUUGGGAUUCACUUUCGGGUAUAGUAUCAAAGAGAUGUCGAUGGUUGGAACCUUGAGAAUGGUACUUCGUCACCGCCUGUGACUAACUAGACUACCGUUCAAGCCUUAUAUUUGAGGAACUUUCUUGUUUAACUAGUUAACUAGAUCUUUUUUUAAGGCUUCGCUGGU